UGCACGGCACGCUGCCUCCCCCAUGUUCCCGGCGCCGCUCUCCUCCCUCCUAUAAAUCCUCCCCACGCCGCACGGGCGAAAUCCAAAAUCAAAUCCAAAUCCGAGCCCCAAUUCCAGCCUCCACAUCGCGAGCGAGCACAAGGCGGAGCCCCCAGCGCCAGCGCACUGAGCAGCGGGAGGAGGAGGAGGAGGAGCAGCCAGGGCGAGGCGAGAGAUGGUGGGGACGGCCGGCGGCGUCGCGGAGGAGGCGGUGCGGCGGUGGGUGGCGGCCGGCGGCGGGCGCCUCGUGCUGGACGGCGGGCUGGCCACGGAGCUCGAGGCCAACGGCGCCGACCUCAACGACCCGCUCUGGAGCGCCAAGUGCAUCCUCGCCUCCCCGCACCUCAUCCGCAAGGUCCAUAUGGAUUACCUAGAAGCUGGUGCAAACAUUAUAAUCACAGCAUCAUAUCAGGCCACGAUUCAAGGGUUUGAGUCAAAGGGUUUUUCAAAAGAACAAAGUGAAAACUUACUAACAAAGAGUGUCGAGAUUGCACAGGAAGCUCGUGAGAUGUUCCUGAAGGAACAUUUAGAUCAAUCCAUUCCUGCACAAAAACCUAUUCUGGUUGCAGCUUCUAUAGGAAGUUUUGGGGCUUAUCUUGCUGAUGGCUCUGAGUACAGUGGGGACUAUGGUGAAGCUGGUACAAUAGAAUUCCUGAAAGAUUUUCAUCGGCGGAGGCUUCAGGUUCUUGCUGAAGCAGGUCCUGAUUUGAUUGCUUUUGAAACGAUCCCCAACAAACUUGAAGCUCAGGCAUAUGUUGAACUUCUUGAGGAAUGUAACAUACAUAUCCCUGCAUGGUUUUCCUUCAACUCAAAAGAUGGAGUUAAUAUUGUGAGUGGAGACUCGUUGAUUGAAUGUGCUACUAUUGCUGACAAGUGUGCAAAGGUUGGUGCUGUUGGGAUAAACUGCACACCUCCAAGAUUUAUUCAUGGACUGAUACUCUCCAUUCGAAAGAUCACAGACAAGCCUAUUCUGAUAUAUCCCAACAGUGGAGAAAGAUAUGAUGGUGAGAAAAAGGAGUGGGUGGAAUCCACUGGUGUAUCGGAUGGUGAUUUUGUUUCCUACGUAAAUGAAUGGUGCAAAGAUGGGGCCGCCCUUAUCGGAGGCUGCUGCAGGACAACUCCAAACACCAUCAGGGCUAUUCACAGAACUCUAAACCAAGGCUCCAACACGCAGCAGUUACCUGUGGCAUAGAGCUGUGCUCUACUUCCAGAUGCGUAUCUCCUCGCGGUACCUUGACCAGCGGCCUGAUGUACUGUUGCAUAUCCUGCAAAUGAUAUGGUUCUGCAGCUAUGUCUGUAAAUUCCGAUGUAUUUCUGAGUUCUUAAGCUUUUGUACUUGGAGGUACAGCUAGUGAAAGGAUAGGAAGCAACAUCGAUGAUCGAGUUCUACUGAGUGGGUGAAACAACUUGCGGCUGAGUUGAUUAAGCGUUAGUAUCACUACUAAGAGUUAAAGAGUUUGUAUAAGUGAGAGUUGCUCUGGAGAUGCUAUCUUGCAAUAAGAGUACUACCACUUCCCUGUGAAAUAUUUGUUA